AUGAUUCAUUUACAAACUCCAAAAAAAUUAGAUUCAAAUAAUCAAUUAUCAAUUGUGUCAACAUCUUCAUCAUCAACAUCAACUAUUCCAUCAAUUAUAUCAUUACAUAAUUCAAAUAUAAAACAAGCUAAUAUUUCAUCAACAAGAUUUUCUUUACCUCCUUUAUCAUCAAUUUUAUCAAAUGCAAAUACAAAUCAUUAUAAAGAUCAUCCUUUAACUAAUAAUACUUCUACUCCAUUUAAAGUUAAUUCUACUUCAUCAUUACCAUCAAUUGAUACUUUUACUACUAAUGCUACUAAUACCACUAAUACUACUAAUUCAAAUACUCCAUUAACUUCAUCUUCACCAUUUUUUAAUUCUUCAUCUUCAGAAUAUAAUUAUCAAUCACAAUUAAAUUCUGGUUCAUUUUCUUCAAUUUCUUCAACUACAUCCUCAUUACAAAGACCUUCCCCACCUCAAAAAUAUCAUUCAUAUACUACUACUACUACUUCAUAUCCUUCUACAAAAACAAUACCAACUCCUCCACCAUCAACUAUUACACAAUCAAAAAAAUCUUUAAUUUCAACAAGUUCAUUAAUUGAAGAUUCUUCAUCAAUUAUGGAUACAAGUAUUUUAGAAUUACGUAAAUCUAAAACAAAAUCAAAUUCAAAUUCAUCAUCAUCUACUUCAAUUUCAUCAACAAUUAGUAAUCAAUUAAAAUCAUCAUCAACAUCUUCAUUAAUUAAUGAUAAUAAAUCAUAUGCAUUUAUUUCACAUUCACCAUCAACUUUCCCAUCACAAGAACCAUCAAUAGAUAAUGCACCAUUAGCAAGAAGAAAAAGAAGAAGAACAUCACCUCAUGAAUUAAAUAUCCUUAAUAAACAAUUUGAAAUUGGGUCAACACCAAAUAAAUUGAGAAGAAUUGAAAUUGCAAAUAAAGUACAAAUGACUGAAAAAGCAGUACAAAUUUGGUUUCAAAAUAAAAGACAAUCAUUAAGAAAAAAUUUUAAUUAUGAAAAAGAAGUUUGUGAAUUACCAAUGACAAAUAUUCCGAUUAAUCAACAACAAGAAUUACUUCAACAACAACAACACCAAGAAGAAUUAGAAGAUGAAGAAGAAAUAUCUAGUGAAGAUUCAAUUGAAGAAGAACCAGAUCAAAUCACCAAAAGGAUUAUUAAACCAUUACAUACUAUUAUUUCAUCAACUCCGUUAAAACCAAUAAUUUCAAUUCCAAUAAUUCCACCACCAUCACCAAUAAUAAUUGAUCAAGAAAAUAAAUUUAAAUCAACAAUAACAACAACAACAUUAUCAUCAAAACUCACUACCGUAUCACAAACUCCUCAAUUAUCACAACAACAACAAAAUCAUCAAAUGAUUGAAACAAAUAAAAAACAACCUUUUGCUCUUAAUGGAUCAAAAACUUCAACUAUGACUUUCAAGUUAAUUCCUUCAAAAUUGACACAAAAAUUACAAUAUGAAUCUAUGACUUCUAAUAAUAAUGAAAGAAGAAUCUUGGGUGAUAUUACAAAUAAAGUUUAA